AUGGCUCUUUUUAAUCUAGUUGAUCAAGCUUCAAAUUAUGGAGCAUACCAUAAUAACACAAUCGCAAUCAUCUUUUUGAAUUAUCUUGCCAUCCCAGAUGCUAUUGUUCCAUUGGUUACAAAGUUGAAUACAUUAUCACCAUACCUUCCAUUAACUAUUGGUACUCCUAUUGCUAUUGUUCUCUCACUCUAUUAUUGCAUUUUAAAUGUUCAAGUUGGUUUGGUAGCAACUGCAUGGAUUAUGGCAGCUAAUUAUUUAGCAGUUUAUACUGAACAACAACUUGGUGCUGAUACCCUAAAGUUUGCACUUAUUGUUCAUAUUGCUUCAUGGGUCUUUCAAUUUAUUGGUCAUGGUGCCUUUGAAGGUCGUCGUCCAGCCUUACUCGACAACAUCUUUCAAGUGUUUAUUGCACCAUUUUUCGUCACUCUUGAAUUACUCUUUGCUUUUGGUUUAAUGUCAAAGACUAGAGUUGCUGUUGAUAGAAAUAUUAUUCAAAAGAUCCAAUCAAUUAAAAAGAACAAAUAA